AUGGCGGCGAUCGUCAGUAGCAAGAAAGCUCUUCGAAAAUCAAUAACGGCUGCUCUCCGUUCACUGCCCGGCCAUGAAAUCCAGUGCCAAUCGCAAGCCAUCACGCAAAGGCUCCUAUCUGCACCGUUCUUUCAGCGUAGCCAUGGCUUAAGCUGCUAUCUCAGCAUGCCGACGGGCGAAGUCGACACCGCGGAGAUCGUCUCGAGUGUACUACGCUCCGGGAAGACGCUCUUCGUGCCUAAGAUUGACAAGAGUGUCGACGGGAAGAUGGAUUUCCUCCGCGUGUACGACGUAGAAGAUGCCAAUACGCUCCCGACUGGAGUAUGGGGCAUCAGGGAACCUCCAUAUGAAUGGCAAGAUAGACCUCGAGCCAGUGAUGGAGCCGGUCUCGAUCUCAUAGUCUUACCAGGUGUUGCAUUCGACGAGUCGAGAUCGCGUUUAGGCCACGGAAAAGGAUAUUACGACAGGUUCAUAUCUGCGUGUACGGCGCACGCUCUCAAGCGCGAUCGGCAGAGGCCGCUUCUUGUGGCCCUCGCGCUUCGCGAACAAGUUCUCCCGGCCGCAUCGGUCCCGAUGGCGGAACAUGACUGGAAGGUGGACAUGAUUGUCCACCCGGAUGGGAUUAUCGGCGAUGAGGCUGCUGCAGAGCCCAGUCGUGGAAGAGAUGGUGGAGGCGGCGAUGAUUCGAUUGGCCGAGGAGGAUCGUUAGCGGACGCUGCGACGAUUGCCGUGGACUCAGUCCUACUCCAUUCACGAAAAAGACUAAAUGAACAGUAA